AUGACACGAGCAUUGCUUCCAGCUCUUAGCAGCCCCCCGCUGUCGGCCAAGAGGGUCUCGAUAACAGCGGUGACGCCGAUGAGAUGGGAGUAUUAUGUAGAAAUUGGGUUUGACGUUUCGGACCUCACCAUCACUCACUUCGCUGUAAGCAAAUGGCACCACGCCCUGGACCGGCGUCGAACACAGAGCGAGGAGGACAAGGUUCAUCUCCCGGAGCUCCUCAUACGGCGCGCCCUCAAGAGGAACCUGGAACCCUUGGGAAUCAAAUUCGACAUACAACAGCUAAGCACUAUCUUCUAUGUCGCCUUGAAUUUCUACUUUGACGAAUUCGUUAAGCUUUUAUGCGACGAGACAGGAGGCUAA